AUGCGGUCUCCUAAUGGGGGUGGAGUCAGGCCUCGCCGGGGAGCCUCGGGCUCGGAGGCGUCCAUCAGUCUGGACCCCCGGCACUACGUUUACGGAGACCCCACCCCCUCCCAACAGCUUCGUCUGAGCAUGGAGUGGGAGAGCAUGCGCGGGUGUGGCAUGCCGGGCCUGGCACAAGUGUCGGCGCCCUGGGCCCCGGACACCGACGACCUUCCCCUGUGCUGGGAGGGGGUUGAGGGAGACGCCUUCGAUCUGGAGGCCAUUCUCACUGCCAGCCACCAGGGCGUCCUGGAGCUGGAACGCAGCGUCAAAGACUCUGAUGAAGACGAUGAGGCUGACGACGAGGUUGCCCUGCUCUUCACGCCCGCAGCCAGUCCCAUCACGAAGGAGCAGAGCUACAUGUCCCUCCCGCUUGCAGGGUGCAAGCCGGUGAAGCGUGGCGCCGAGGCUGAAGCCCACGACCGACCUGCCACACCCCCGAGUGCCGCCUCCUCCGAGACCAUCUUCAGCAGCGACAGGGCCCUGAAGCGCUGCCGCCUGGCGCCGCUGGAGGGUCCCAGCCGGCUGGGCCUCACCAUGGACCACCAGUCGGCAGCUGACUCCAUCAACGCCAUGCUGGGCACGCUGGGAACCGGACCCAAGGCCCACGCCCGGCAGAUCAGGGCCGAGGACUGA